GGGUCUGGACUCGCGCGGGGGCUGGUGGGGGCAAGGACGCCUCGACCUAGGGUGACGCCAGGCAUCUCCCGGGCGACGGCUCCGCAACAAGAUGGCGGACGAUAAAGAAAGGGAAGGCCCAGACAUAACCGUAGCAGAGUUCCACAAAAAAAUCAAAGACGCCUUUGAAGUGUUUGACCACGAGGCGAAUAAUACGGUGGAUGUGAGAGAGAUCGGAACAAUUAUCAGGUCGCUAGGGUGCUGCCCGAGCGAAGGAGAGCUCCAUGACCUGAUCGCGGAGGUAGAGGAAGAAGAACCCACUGGAUACAUUCGAUUUGAAAAAUUUCUUCCAGUGAUGACUGAAGUACUCCUGGAAAGAAGAUACAGACCAGUUCCGGAGGAUAUCCUUCUUCGAGCGUUUGAGGUAUUAGAUCCAUCUAAACGUGGGUUUCUUUUGAAGGAAGAACUGAUCAAAUAUAUGACUGAAGAAGGUGAGCCUUUCUCUCAGGAGGAAAUGGAAGAAAUGUUGUCUGCUGCAAUUGAUCCAGAAUCGAAUUCAGUUCAUUACAAGGACUAUAUAGCAAUGAUGGUGAUAGAUGAAAGUUAAGUGCCUUGAAGACUUAAUUUCUAACUGAGAGGCUGAUUUUAAAAAUGGCUUGUCCUUGUGAAUUUCGCGUUUUAUCUUAUAAUUCCUGUAUACGCUAAUUAAUGCCCAGUAACAACUAUUUCAAGACACUUUGUUCUUUAAAGAUGAUCAUUAUGCUGUAAAACACAGAUUUAUUUGGUGUGGUCUAGCCUUAUGGAAUGACAAAUUGCUAAUUAUUUUAAAGCUUGUCCUUAAAACGUUUUCAC